GCAACCGAGCUAUAUAAUCCUCUGGCGCCUGUAGGAUUGGUACAGAUACAUCUCCGCAAAAUUCCUAGCCGCUCUUCGAAAGUCCUCCCAAAUUUCUUGGCAAGAUGCAAAUCUUUGUGAAAACCUUGACCGGCAAGACCAUCACCCUUGAGGUGGAAAGUUCGGAUACUAUUGACAACGUGAAAGCUAAGAUUCAAGACAAGGAAGGUAUCCCUCCCGACCAGCAGAGGCUUAUCUUUGCCGGCAAGCAGCUGGAGGAUGGACGAACCCUAGCUGACUACAAUAUCCAGAAGGAGUCGACCCUCCACCUUGUCCUUCGUCUCAGGGGAGGGAUGCAGAUCUUUGUCAAGACUCUAACGGGCAAGACCAUUACCCUCGAGGUCGAGAGCUCUGAUACGAUUGAUAAUGUCAAGGCUAAGAUUCAGGAUAAGGAAGGGAUUCCUCCUGACCAACAAAGACUCAUCUUCGCUGGUAAACAACUCGAGGAUGGUCGCACCCUUGCUGAUUACAACAUUCAGAAAGAAUCUACCCUGCACUUGGUUCUGCGACUCCGUGGUGGUAUGCAAAUUUUUGUGAAGACUCUGACGGGGAAGACCAUAACUUUGGAAGUUGAAAGUUCUGAUACUAUAGAUAAUGUAAAGGCGAAGAUACAGGACAAGGAGGGUAUCCCUCCUGAUCAGCAGAGGCUUAUCUUCGCUGGGAAGCAGCUGGAAGAUGGACGUACCCUAGCCGAUUAUAACAUUCAAAAGGAAUCCACACUGCACUUGGUUUUGCGACUUCGCGGUGGGAUGCAAAUUUUUGUGAAGACCCUGACCGGAAAGACUAUUACCUUGGAGGUUGAAAGCUCAGAUACAAUUGAUAAUGUUAAAGCGAAGAUCCAGGACAAGGAAGGAAUUCCCCCAGAUCAGCAGCGGCUUAUUUUUGCCGGGAAGCAAUUGGAAGAUGGUAGAACUUUGGCUGAUUACAAUAUUCAGAAGGAAUCUACUCUCCAUCUUGUCCUUCGUCUUCGCGGUGGCUUCUAAGCCUUGUCUUGUACCUGAGUCUUGUGGGGUUCGGUCUGGUUUCUGAAUAUUUGAACCUCGCCAAUCCCUGAACCCUGUCAGGCUUUAAUCGAUAAUAGUUGUGGUAGUCUGGUUUCAAUUCCCGUUAUGCUUUAAUAAGUACUUUACAGUACAGUUGUGAGUUAGGUUGGUCAGUAGAAUAUUACAGUUCUGAGUUAGGUUGGUCAUUAGAAUAUUAAAUACUGUUGAUCUAAUGCCAGUGUUUCAAGACUGUUGUGCUUUCAUUUGUAUGGUUAUGCUUGUAUGUGUGGCUUUUACAGAUUUGUUUACUGUUAUUGGGGCAAUGUUUAUGGAUA